UUGGCGGGAGCGAGUUUUGGUAUUUCCAGGUCAGGAUCGCUCGUGGAUACCCCAGCGCAGCGUCCUCCACACCCGCAGCCUGGAACCCAGGGACGUGGAGGAAGUGCGCCCGCCCCGCCCGCCCGCCCUAGCCGCGGGGAGCCCCGCCCAGUUGGGGAGCUGCGGGCCCGGUCCGCUCACUUGCAGGGGAUCUGGCCUCUGGGAAGGUGUCUGGACUCAAGGACCAUGUCCUGCCCACCAGUCCCCCAAAGCCCCACCUACUACGAACAUUAAGACUAAAGCCUUUCCUGGCCCUGUCUUGCUGCACUUUCUGCCUUGUGUUCCACUCUACCACCUUCAGAUCUGAUCAAAAGGUCUGUCCUCCCUGUUGAGUGACUCAGAGGAAAAUAAGAAAAAAUAAUGUCCAGAAUCGAGACAUUUAAACAACUCUUCCGUGCCUCAGACCUCUUCACUCACCCGGGAAGUCCAAGGAUUCAAGUCUCCAUCCCUGUGCAGGCACACGGCGGGCAGAGAGCAGAGCCUGGUAUCCACUAGACGCUGCCUGUUUCUGUGAUGCUGAAGACUCUCCUCCCUGUGCACUGCAGAGAAGACUCGAAUUUCCAGAGCUUUUCAGCAGGGGAAGAUGGUCGCUGGACAUUCCGAACCAUGGAGAUGUGUACCUGACACCUUUCAGGCUUUGCCUGUGUCCUUUUGUCUGUGAGUGAAAACCCAGAGAAAGAUACCUGGCAACUGAGUCACUGACCAUGCAGCCGCUGGUUGCCAUCUCUACCCUCCUCCUCUGGACAUUGGCUGGGGUUACUCUGUCGAAACCAGAAUGUCCAUGAUGUUUCAGGAAUCGGUGAUAUUUGAAGAUGUAGCUGUUGACUUCACCCAGGAAGAGUGGGCCCUGCUGGACACACCCCAGAGAAAGCUGUACAGAGAUGUGAUGCUGGAGAACAUCAGUCACCUGGUUUCCCUGGGGUAUCGGAUCUGCAAAUCAGAUGUGACUUUUCAGCUCGAGCAAGGAGAAGAGCUAUGGAGUGAAGGGACUGGGUUUCUCCAAGGCCAGAGUGCAGGCAGGGAAAGUGCCGUUCAAAAUGAAGAAAUAAUAGCCACACAACACACCAGUGGAAAGGACACAUUUACAAUCAUGCAAUUGCAGAAAUUUCACACUCAAGAGGAUCCCUAUGAAUAUAAUGAUUUGGGAGAUUUCACUCAUAGCUCCACAGUGACUCAACAUGUGUUAACUCAUAUGGAAAAGAAACCCUGUAUCAGCAAACAAUAUCAAAAAUCCUUUAGUGACCAGUCAUAUGUUAAUCAACAUAAGCAACUUUACACCAGAGUUAAAUCAUAUGAGUGCCAUCUAUGUGGGAAAACCUUCAGUAAUUGCUCUAGCCUUAGAAGACAUGAGAUGACUCACACUGGAGAGAAACCGUACGAAUGCCACAUCUGUGGGAAUGCCUUUAUUCAGAGCUCUGACCUUAGAAAACAUAGUCUCACUCAUACCGGAGAGAAACCUUAUGAAUGUCAUAUAUGUGGGAAAGCCUUCAGUCAGUCGUCUAACCUCAGACAGCACCAAAGGACACACACUGGAGAACAACCGUAUGAGUGUUGUCAGUGUGGCAAAGCCUUCAGUAAAUGUUCUGCCCUGAGACGACAUGAGAGAACUCACACAGGAGAGAAACCUUAUGGAUGUCAUCUGUGUGGGAAAGCCUUCAGUCAGUGUUCUGCCCUUAGACGACAUGAAGGAACCCACAAUGUAGAGAGAAUUAUGAAUGCCUUCAGUAAAUAUUCUGACCUGAGAUGACAUGGUAUUAUAAGUAAUGAAUAUAGAAGAAAACUCAAUCAUAGUUUUAACAUUAAAAAACAGCAAGGACUCCCACAUUAAGGAAACACUGUCUGUGAUCAAUGUGGAAGGUCCUGCAGUCAUCCUUACUCAUCUUCCAUGUGAAAAUGUAGAUGGAAGAUAAUCCAGUUGUAUGGAAUCUCUCUGGCAAAGCCUUCAGUCACUCGUCUGACCAUAGGUGACAUGGGAGAACUCACACUGGAAGCAUGAAGAAUGCAGAAGUCUGCAGCAACAGCUCUCGGCUUCAUACUAGAAAAUUCACACGGGAGAACCCCUCAGUCUGCAGUCACGGGGAAUGCUUUCAUUUAUAAUUCAUGGUAAACAAUGUGAGCAAACCCCACUUGGGAGAACCCCUAGGUCUGUAGUUGCUAUGAACAUUUAUUCAGCCAAGCUCCAAGCAUGGUGUGCACAAGAAAACUCAGUGAUGAAAUAACCACUAGACCAGUAUUUAGGAGACUAAAACCUCUUGAGGAAUACCAAUAAUUUUUCCUUGGGAAAUGAUUCAGUGAAAACAUAUGAGAAGUCCUUUAUUCAGAGAGGAAUGCUGUGGCUCAUAUGAGAAUUUGGAGAAUAGAAAAUACGUUCUGUGUCAUGAAAGAAGGACAGAGAUUACUCAUUUAUAGUCAGCACUACAGUCCUCAUGUUGAGGGGACAGCAGUUCUAUACUCAAAGUGGAGAAAGCUUCAGCUGGAUUUCAUACCUGAAAACUCAAUCUAGGGGGAAAAAAACCCUCUAGAGGUUUAUUUAACAUACUAAUUAGCACAUGAUUCAUAAUUUUAAGGGGAAAAAAACUAUUCCUGGGGAAAAUAUGUCAUAUAAAUGCAAGAUAGGGUGAUCUGAGAAUAUUAAAUGCAAAAUUUUGUAAGAAAUUAGAUUAAACUUUUUCAAUAGAUGAUUGCUAUUAAACAAUAAACUGUUGCUGAAAAAAUCUA